AUGAAAGGAAUGAACCCAGGACUUGGAAACCUAAAUGGCGAUGAGUGGUACAGACUUCGUUCAUCAGUUCAACAGGUGAUGAUGCGACCACAGGCGGUACAGAAAUGGGCACUGGAGUCGUCGGCUUUGACGGUAUUUGAGAAGCGAAUUGGUGCGCUAGCUGAUCGAAUUGAAUGGGCAGAUGAAUUGGUCAACUUGAACAAAUCGAUAUUUCGAUUGUCUGCAGUGCUGAAAUUCGCCUUUCCCCUCUAUCAGUACUUCUCCACCCCAAAAUGGAAGAAAAUGGUGGAAUUGGAGGACAAGUUCUAUAGGGAAGCUGAUUUAUUGAUUGAUGAAGCGAUCGAUAAGCUGCAUGGGUCAACUCAAUCAGAGGACGAAAUGAAGUUUGCCAGCCUGCUGAUUAAUCGUAAAGAGCUCAAUGUGAAAGAUGUGAAGAUCAUUUUGUUGUCGAUGUUCUCUGAUGGACUGAGUACGACCGCUCCUAUGCUCGUCUACAAUCUGUUUAAUAUCGCCACGCAUCCAGAUAUUCAAUCUGAGCUUCGCGACGAAGUGAACACCGCUGUUGGGCGAGACAAAGAGAUCAGUCCCGCCGUGCUCUCUCGGUUACCAUUCCUUCGUGCAUGUAUCAAGGAAACGUUUCGAAUGUUUCCGAUUGGCACGGAAAUUUCACGGAUUCCACAAAAGGAUCUCAUCCUCAGCGGCUAUCAUGUUCCAGCUGGAACGCCAGUCGAUAUCAACACAAAUAGAUCAUCGGCGUUGUUCACCGAUCCCCUUACAUUCCAACCAAACCGAUGGCUUCGUGACGGUCAACGUCAGCAGGACUUCCACCCUUUCGCUUUCCUUCCGUUCGGUUUCGGUCCCCGUAUGGCGACGUUGCUAACAAGAUCUACUAGGUUGUGCUUUGCGGAUUGUACAGCACUAUCGAUCGAACAUCGGCAUGGGGUCGACUUAGAACACUACGAGACACUCCUUUUGCCGAAAGGCUGUUGUGAUUUUCGAUUUGAGCCCUUGUAG